CAAAUAAGGAUGUCGUGUCCUCCACUCCCUUGCAAGACGAGGGGGGACCUGCUGUAGCCACGAGGCACACAGAUGCCUCCUCAUCAUCUGCGACACCAACAGCCUCACCUUAUCAUGAGAAGGGUGCUGCUGGAGCAAUCUCGGCUGCACUGAAUCCGUACACGUCGAUGUUGCUGUCGAGUGUCGCGCAGAUUCAGGUGAAUCCGUCUCACCGACUGUACCGCAAAUGCGGCUCCUACGUCAACGAACGAGCACAAUUCAAUGUGCAGCCGCGCGCACUGCCGCUCUUCGCAGAGCUGUGGCGGAGUGAGAACGCGACCGACGCACUGGAGGAAAAGCGACACGUGUUGCGUGUACUGCGUCUUGCUGGGCCCAGGGCUUUCGACGCUUUCCGCAGGCGGCACGUGUUACAACAACUCCUGUCGUCCUGCAGCUCAGACGCGUUAACGGACUUCGCGACAUGGGCCGACGUUCUCUCAGUCCUCCAGAACUGGGCACAUGCAGCCAGAUCUGGGACAGGUACAACCGCAUAGAAUUUUCGAAUGUUUCUCCUCAAAGAAUAACACAAACAAGCGUUGGAUAUCCUGAGGAAGACAUUUUCAUUUUAUGAUAUAUGAUCCAGGGCUCAGGGCUACGGUACCCCCCUCCAGCGCCGGGGGGGGUACCGUGCAGCCCAAGGCCCCUUUUGAAGGCGUCUGCCCGGGGUGGAAGGCCUCAAAAGGGGUCCAAGGGGCCUUCUCUGCUUCCUUCCAGCUGCCUGCCUGUACCCUGCAGACCUCCGAUGUAGGUGGAAGGCUUCAAAAUGGGCCCAAGGGGCCGCCUCCGCUCCCUUCCAGCUGCCUGCCUGUGCCCUACGUGCCUCCUAUAUGCUUCGCCGCCGCAGCAGUGCGCCGGGUGUGGAAGGCCUCGGAAGGCGGCAAAAGGCGAGGGGCUGGACCCCUUGAGCCGUGUGGCUUGUGCCCUCCGGGCCCUUGGUCAUCGGCUUGCUUGCUCAUGAGACCGUGGCCGCCUUCGGCGGCCUUUUCCCUGGAGACCUCCAGCCUGUGAGGGUCAGCAGAGGCCAGGAGGUCCCUGAGGCACAUGCAGAGAGGUGCAAGGGGACGCCCGCGCCCAGUUUUGACGCCUUCCACCACUAGAAUCCGCGAAAAUCAGCGCGGAAAAGAGCGCGCGAGCGCCGCCGCAGGGCCAGCCACAGGGGGGGCGUGCAGCCCUCAAGCGUAUACUUAUAACUAUAUAUUUAGUAAUGGAUUAAAAUUUGGGUGUUGCAAUGCUUAGUCGUGUACAUAGUCGAGGUCUGGCUGUUUGAUUACCGGAGUCUCUCAGGGGCUCCUUUUAGUAGAUAGAAAACAGCUCCACAGGGACGGGUAACAAGGAGAUUACUUAGUGUUAGUACAAAGAGAUCGUACUGGAGUUCGAAGCUAUAUCCUACAGGAUGUCUGGUCCUAAUGUGGGAUGCCUCGGGGAGCGGAUGAGGAGACUAACUCCGAGUCUUAGUUCUUGCUCGGCAAAAAACUCUAUCCCGAACCAACUUGAUAGUGGGGGCCGUCGGAUAACUUGGUUAGUGUAAGUUUUCUAAGUGAACGGAUGGCGCGGAGCACAUGUUCUUCGGCACAUGUUCUGUCAUUUGUCUGUUUGCAUCGGAAAGUUAUCACCUACUAUAAGUUGACUGAUAAUCUUACUGCUAUUUCGUAUAGGUGCCAUGCUGUGAAGUUUUCACAGGCCAGGCAUCCAAAACCUAACCUGUCGUAUACAUAGAAUCAAGCGGAUCACCUCUCGAUUUCGUCUUUCUCGUUUCUGUACAAUCCUCUCAUUGUUGAAAAACCUUCAGGCGCUGUCAGCCCUGACCGCGUUCGGAGUGUGAUUCAGGAGAUCGGCCUCUUCAGCUGGAUGAGGGGGGAGGCACGCGCGGAGCGAUGGAGCGGGAAUGCUAAGUUACAAAGGGUAAGCCUUGUCAAACUCGCGCAAUUGCUUUUGGCGGUGACUGAGGCUGUCGUCGUGGCUGAUGUGGCGGACGCGGAGCCUACAGAAUCCUGUGGUGACGCUAGGACCGCAGGACCUCCUACUCCAAUGUCAAAAAGCGAGGACGCUACUGUCCGCUGUCGGCGGCGGCUUGUUCUGCAAGAGGAAUUGCGUGCAGUGAUGCUGGAUCUUCGCACAAGGUUGAAGAAUGACGUGGGUCACGUGCUUGCCGAAUCGGAGGUGAGACGCAACACGGAAAUACUACGUCGUGUCGAAGUUCUCACAUCAAUCUGAGUUGUGAACUCUUCUUUGAGAUGGCACCCUUUCGCGAUGAAAUAACUGUUGGUAAACAGCUCCCUUUGAAGAAUGUUUUACUGUCUGAGAUUGAAAAGACGAUUCUCCAUAUGAUCCUUGAUGGUGAUACGUGUGACGUCAAACAUCAGAUUUUUUUCCGCAAAUGCAAAGUCAUACUCGCUUGAGUGCUCUAUUCAUUGCAAUUCACAGGCUUACCGUACGAAAGCCG